CCUGAGAAUAUGCUGCCACAACUAGGCUUUUUGCUGCUAAUGUCCUUGAACUUGGUUCAUGGAGGGUUUUACGCUGAGCGAUACCAAACACCCACAGGCAUAAAAGGCCCACUACAUAACACCAAGACACAGUUCUUCAUCCCUUAUGCCAUAAAAAGUAAAGGCAUACCAGUAAGAGGAGAGCAAGGUGUUCCUGGACCUGUAGGACCUACAGGCCCUCGAGGGCACCCAGGUCCUCCUGGGCCACCAGGAAAAUCAGGCUAUGGAAGUCCUGGACCCCAAGGAGAGCCAGGACUGCCAGGACCACCGGGACCAUCAGCCACUGGGAAGCCUGGUAUUCCAGGACUCCAAGGAAAACCAGGAGAAAGAGGACCAUAUGGGCCCAAAGGAGACAUUGGACCAGCUGGUCUACCAGGACCCCGAGGUCCACCAGGACCACCUGGUAUCCCUGGCCCAGCUGGAAUUUCUGUGUCAGGAAAACCUGGACAACAGGGACCUACAGGAGCCCCCGGACCCAGAGGUUUUCCUGGAGAAAAAGGUGCACCAGGAGUCCCUGGAGUGAAUGGACAGAAAGGGGAAGCGGGACAUGGUUCUCCUGGCCGCCCAGGGGAGAGGGGCCUUCCAGGGGCUCAGGGGCCCAUGGGACCACCUGGUCCUCCCGGAGUAGGAAAAAGAGGUGAAAACGGGUUUCCAGGACAACCAGGCAUCAAAGGUGUUCGGGGAUUUCCAGGGGAACGGGGACUCGCUGGCCCACCAGGUCCACAGGGUCCUCCUGGGGAACGAGGCCCAGUAGGCAUUGGAAAGCCAGGACGCACUGGAGCCCCAGGUCAGCCAGGAAUUCCAGGAGCCAAAGGUCACCCUGGCGCUCCUGGAAUAGCGGGGCCCCCAGGGGCUCCUGGCUUUGGGAAACCAGGCUUGCCAGGCCUGAAAGGGAAAAGAGGACCCACCGGCCUUCCAGGAGGUCUAGGUGCCAAAGGGGAACAAGGCCCAACAGGUCACCCUGGAGAAACAGGACUGACUGGACCCCCUGGAAACCUGGGACCCCAAGGGCCAAAAGGAAUCCCAGGCGACCAUGGUAUCCCAGGCUCUAAAGGUGAGAUAGGGCCAGUAGGGCCUGCUGGACAACCUGGGGCUAAGGGAGAAAGGGGCUCCCCUGGUUUAGAUGGGAAACCAGGAUAUGUAGGAGAGCCAGGUCUCAGUGGCUCUAAGGGUAGCCCAGGCUUACCAGGCCCAAAAGGGGACCCUGGUAUUGGAGGGUCGCCGGGUCUACCAGGUCCUGUGGGCCCAGCAGGAGCUAAGGGAAUGCCUGGUUAUAAUGGUGAGCCUGGUUCCAGAGGUGCCCCUGGAAUACCAGGAACUAAAGGUCCCAUUGGUCCACCAGGCAUUCCAGGUCUCCCAGGAUCUAAAGGGGAUCCAGGAAAUCCAGGCCCUCCUGGUCCAGCUGGCAUAGCAACUAAGGGCCUCAGUGGACCAACGGGGCUACCAGGACCUACAGGCCCAAGAGGCCAUGAUGGAAAGCCUGGCCUUCCAGGACCCCCUGGGCCUCCAGGUCCCCCAGGCAAAGGAGCCAUGCCUGAGGACUUCAUAAAGGCAGGCCAAAGGCCCAGUCUUUCUGGAAUACCUCUUGCUAGUGCCAAUCAGGGUGUUACAGGAAUGCCCGUGUCUGCUUUUACUGUUAUCCUCUCCAAAGCUUACCCGGCAAUAGGCACCCCUAUCCCAUUUGAUAAGAUUUUGUAUAACAGGCAACAUCAUUAUGAUCCAAGAACAGGCAUCUUUACUUGUAGCCUACCAGGAAUAUAUUAUUUCUCCUACCAUGUGCAUGUGAAAGGGACUCAUGUUUGGGUAGGCCUCUAUAAGAAUGGUGCCCCUGUAAUGUACACCUAUGAUGAAUAUACCAAAGGCUACCUGGAUCAGGCUUCGGGCAGCGCGAUCCUCGAGCUCACAGAAAAUGACCAGGUGUGGCUCCAGUUGCCCAAUGCCGAGUCCAAUGGCCUGUACUCCUCUGAGUAUGUCCACUCCUCCUUCUCAGGAUUCCUAGUGACUCCAAUGUGAGCAUUCCUACUGAGCUGAUCUAAAUCUUCUGCUUGAAAAGGCAUUUCCCAGUCCCACCCUACCCUACAAAAUGCAUACAGAGGUAGGCUGAAAAAAAUGUGACUUCUUUUGUUUAGUGUCCCAAAAUACAGAUUUGAGCUAUCAGACCAACAAAUGUGCC